AAUAUCACAGUGUCUCUGCACUCACACACACACACACACACACACACUCUCUCACACACACACACACACACACACACACUCACACACACACACUCUCGCAGCAGCGAGACUCUGGACUACCCUGUACCCCACCUCGAUGUCCUUCUGCUCCGUCUCCUCCCUGAUGUCCCUGAGAGAGGCAAAACAAAGGCUAAAAGGGGCAUGUUGAUAAUGAAUUACAUGAUCACAUCCUGAGAGAUAACAAGCGUGAAAGCAUCAGCUGGGGUGAACAGAGUGGAUCUGGCAUCUUAUUCUACAGAGCGCUCAGAAAACUGCAUUCAGAGAUGGAUUCUGAAGGCGAGGAGCAAACCUUGAAAACAUGCAACGGUGGCACGGGGGUGAUCGACACUGACACUCAGAGCCCAUAUGGGACUGCGGCAAGGAAGAGGAGCGCUCAGGAUGGGGUGCAGGGUGCCCCAGUCAAUAAGAGAAAGUCCCUGCUGAUGAAGCCCCGCCACUACAGCCCCAGCGAGGCAUGUGAAGAGGAGAGCGAGGACCUGGCACCGCCACAGGACAAAGAAGAGCUGAGGAACAUUGACACUCCAGCAGAUGGAAACUUUAAGACAGUCAAUGGAGUGGGCAACAAAAACAGCUGCUCUGAUGCAGUGUUAACAUCCAGCAGUUUGCUCAGUUGGCCCGAAGUCACGUCCAAUGGAUCUCCGCAGUGCGAGCCAGACACGUCUGAAUCUUUGAUGGUGGAAGAUGAAGAAGAGAUUCUCAAAAAUCAAGAAGAGGACCAAAGUCACGACAGGAUGAGCGAUGCAUCAACACCACAGAGCCCGUACAGAGACAUGAGGGAACCUGAGUGGGAGCCACUGUCCCUGUCUGCUAAGGACAGUAGCUCAAACUGCAGCCCGUCCAGAGCUCAGGAGGACCUUUUAGGCAGGAACAGCCAUGGGAAGGAGCUUGUUCCAGAAUUAGGUGGUCCGAUAGGUCGAGGAAGUAUUUUUCAAGGUGAAGCUUUAAGGUACAGGCUGCUCCCCAACAAGGAGGACAGCGAGGGGGAGGCGGAGCGGCUGCCUCGGCUGGAUAGCUGGGCGAUGGGCCUCCACGAGAGAGGCCUCGAUAUGAGCCGAGGGAGAGUGAACCUGAGCCUGCUGGAACAGGCCAUCGCUCUGCAGACGGAGCAGAGGCAGGUUCUGCACCACGCCUACAGAGAAAUGGACCAGUUCCUCCUGGAGCAGAUGACCAAUGAGAGAAGGCACCAAAGGAUGAUGGACAUGGACAACAGACUCAGCUACAGCGGAGGGAAAGAUUCUCCACGGAUGGAUAAAAAGGAUAUAAAGUGUCCAACUCCCGGCUGUGAUGGGACUGGUCACGUGACAGGCCUGUACCCACAUCACAGGAGUUUGUCUGGGUGUCCUCACAAAGUCCGAGUUCCCCCAGAGAUUCUGGCCAUGCAUGAAAACGUCCUCAAGUGUCCUACACCUGGGUGCACAGGACGAGGCCAUGUCAACAGCAACCGUAGCACCCACCGGAGUCUCUCUGGCUGCCCCAUCGCCGCCGCCGUGAAGGUCUCCAAACCUCAAGAUGACAGCCUGAAAUGCAGACAAACACCGGAGCGCUCGCCAAGGACCAUUAGCCUGAUAAAGAAAUUUGAAAUGAACCAGCUGAACUACAGGUUCUCGCAUCCAGUAGCAGCCUUGCAAAAUAGCCUUGUGAAAGAUGUGGACAAGUACAGCAGAAUUCGAUUCGAUUACGCCAGCUUUGAUGCACAGGUCUUUGGUAAGCAGCCACUGCUUGGGACCAGCCAGGACCAGGAUAUGUCGCAGUACCCUGACUCACCUCAGCAGUAUCCCGGCGUUCUUGGAGCUCCAGGUGGCCGCCUGCCCAUCUCCGGUCAGCACAGCCCGUCGAGUCAAUUCAAGAAAGAAGACGGUCUGCAGGCCGCAGCGGCGACAGCCGCCAUCCUUAACCUUUCCACCCGCUACCGGAAGAACAUGGAGACUAUUAGCAGCCAGCCCUUGGCAUCUUCAACAAAGGAUAUGCUCAUCGAGGUGGAUGAAAAUGGCACUUUGGACCUGAGCAUGAAGAAGUGUAAGGAGAACGGAAAAGCCCGGACUAGGACACCCCCGGUCGACACGCUGUCUCCUCCUGAGCCCACCGUGGCGAAAGGCGGGAGCUUGCUAAUCAGCCCCACCUUCUACCAGCCGCUGUGUGACAGAGAGAGCUGGGAGAACUCCAUCCCUGUCAACUUCAGCAAAGCUCACAUUUUACAAGACAAAGAGCAGGAGGAUUAUGAUCAGGUAUCCCUGGAGGACCAACACUAUCAAGGAGACGGCAGCAUGUUAAGCACCAAAGCCAAGCUGCUGUUACGAGACGCAAAGAAAGAGCUUCUGAGCUGUCCGACCCCAGGCUGUGACGGCAGUGGCCACGUGACGGGGAAUUAUGCAUCGCAUCGGAGUGUGUCUGGAUGUCCCCUGGCUGACAAAACGCUCAAAUCGCUGAUGGCAGCCAACUCUCAGGAACUAAAGUGCCCAACACCUGGUUGUGAUGGAUCUGGACAUGUGACUGGGAACUAUGCUUCGCACAGAAGCUUGUCAGGGUGUCCACGAGCCAGAAAAGGAGGUUUGAAGCUCACACCAAACAAGGAUGACAAAGAGGAGCAGGAGCUUAAGUGUCCAGUAAUCGGAUGUGAUGGACAGGGCCAUAUAUCGGGAAAAUACACAUCCCACCGCAGCGCARGCAGUUGUCCACUUGCUGCCAAAAGACAGAAGGAGUCGUCUAUCAAUGGGCUGCCCUUUGCCUGGAAGGCCACUAAGCAAGAGCUACCCCAUUGUCCCCUGCCUGGCUGCAACGGCCUCGGUCACGCCAAUAAUGUAUUCGCCACCCAUCGAAGUUUGUCAGGUUGCCCACUGAACGCACAGAGCAUCAAGAAAAAGCACUCGGAGGAGGAGAUGAUGACUAUCAAACUGAAAGCCAGCAGUGGCGUUGAAAACAAAGACGAUAUUCAACAUCUAGAUCAUGAAAUCAGGGAACUGAAUGACUCCAACAUGAAAAUAGAAGAAGACAUGAUGCAACUCCAAACCCAGCAGAUCUCGUCAAUGGAAUGUAACCUGAAGACAAUUGAGGAAGAAAACAAGAUGAUCGAACAGCACAACGACAGCCUUCUGAAGGAGCUCGCUCGCCUCAGCCAAGCUCUCAUUAACAGCCUAACAGACAUCCAACUGCCUCAAAUGGGACCCAUCAGUGAGCAUAAUUUUGAAGCCUAUGUGAACACAUUAACUGAUAUGUACAACAACUCGGAGCACGAAUACUCCCCAGAGUGCAAGGCCCUCUUGGAUAAUAUCAAACAGGCUAUUAAGGGCAUCCAUGUUUAAGCUGUAGAGCUACCAAGAGGUUUCUUUGACUUGGGAUAAUGGCACUAGAUAGCUCUAUUUCACUGAAGAGUGCUGGCUCGGCUGCGUGUAUAAGACGAGGCAUUUGGAAAUGUGUUCGGCAUUUCCCGGUAAACACACACACACACUGCACUGAGAAAAUUACCAGCCAGGUUUGUAAUGCUUUUACCGUUCCUGCAUUCACUCGAUAUGUUUAUUCCUGGUGAGGUUUAUUUUUUUGUUUGUUUGUUUGUUUUACCCCCCUCUCUUCUUGCACUUAUUUUGUAUGGUUUGCCUGAUUUUUAUGCUGUAUGUGUUUUCGCGUCACUCUUAUAUUAUUGCUAUUUAUUCUUAUUAUAUUUGUUCAUCAGUGUAUUUAUUUCCUCGAGUUUUAUUUAUUUCUUGAAUUGURAAUGCUUAAUAUUGGAGAAAUCCGUUUGACUUUCUGCACAUUGUAAAUUAAACAGAAGCACAUUCCAGUUUUGUGGCAUACUUUCGCCAUCUACUGUUGACAAGCCUACACAAAUAUAUCACGAGUCGGAGCGCCCUACAAAGAGGGGGGAAAAAACUACCAAAACGUUGACAUUUGUUAAGCAUUGCUUUUGCUUACUUUAUUGGAAACUGAAUGUAUUGCAAGGCAAAGUGAGAGAAAGUGAUAAUGCAAUGCGACCGUACUGUACCUUUUUUUCUACUGCACCAAUAACAACAGCUGAAUGGAACCAGAAGGUGGCAAGAAUGAWACCUUGUGGUGGUCCGAAUGUCACAAGGACAGUGCAACGAAACUCAAAAAUUCACUUUGUCAAGAUGUCUUUCUUUAAAAAGAAAAAAAAAACAUAUAGAUAUUAAACUGCCUUCUGUGCACACACUUUGGAGUGUGCAUAUAGUAUGUGCCUAAAUGUAUAUGAAUCCAUAAAAAUAUACAAGUACUAUUUGUUUUGUGGUAGGACAGUAUUACGUGGAUGGUGUCUGAUUUAUUAUACAGUACAAUUAUUUUCAUAGGAGGACUCGUUCCUGACGACUGUUUGAAWACUGUGGUUUCAGUAGCUGUAAUCCCUGAUCAGGUUUUAAAAUAUGAUUGACAUUAAAAUCUGGUGUUUUUUUUAUUUAAUUAUCAUUAUUUUUACUAACAUAAAGAAAAAAAAAUAGACAAAAAACCCCCAACACCGGUUUUAACAAWGACAAGCCUUAGCAAAUCCACAAAUCUUUAAGUUUAAAUAUUCUUGAGGUCACGACAACCAGAAUUUUUAGUUUUGCUCAAAGAACCUGGUUGUAUGAAUUGCUUGUUUGUUUUAAUUAAUUGCACUUUUUGUAAAGAAAAAAAAGUGUUUUUCAUGUGACGGAAAAAAAGGUCUUUGUAGUGAUUUUAUGCUGCAAUACAUUUUAAACAAAUUAAGUCCAGACGUUAAAAAUGAAUAAGUCAUCAAAGCAAUAUAUUAUUUAUUUCUAAAAUAAAUGAACAGUGGAACGAAAAAUAAAGAGCCAAAUUACAGACAAAUGAGACCUUAUUUUGUUCAAAUACUCAACACGUUUUAAAGAAGUUUUAAUCUUUUUUGAAAACAAAACAAAACAAAUCACACUCUUUAAAACUAGCAAUUCUUGAUUUAUAAUUUACGUUUAAUUCCUACACCACACAUUGUUUGCUCAGGAAGUUUUGUGAAUAAUAUUUAUUUUUUAUUUCCCUGUUAGUAUUUGAUGUUUUGUAAUGUGAAAUGCUUUUAUUUGUGGAACGAUAUUAGUAUGAUAUGAAAUUGUACUGUAUUUUUUUUUCUUUCUUUCAUUUUUGUUUUCUUUUACAUUAAAAUGCAAGGCUUUUUAUUUCAGUUGAAGUAGUUUGUAAAUUAAAACUUCCUAUUACUUUUACUAUUUCAUAAUAAACAGAUAUGCGCUGUGUUGUACAGUUUGUGUAUGGUAGAAAUAAACUUUUCAAAUGGU